CGUCAUCUUAAAGGCAAAGCCGUGUACUGGAAAAACGAAUCGUUAUUCCACCCCCGUAAAAUUAACAUUUUUUCUCGCCUCUCUCUUUUAGUUCCCUAGCCAACAUUUACGUAGUUAUUGGCCUCUACGGCUAAUGAGUAAAUUCGAGAACGUCCAGACUUCCUUCAGAAUAGAAAAUACCAGCCUUUGUAUACUAAAGGUUAAAUUUGAAUAUUUAUAAGGCAAGAAGUAUCCACAAAUAUUUUGCGAAGGGUGAAGCACAAAUACUUGAGACAUGUAUCUUUCACUUCUUUUGUUUUGAUUUGAUUUAUUCUCCCAGCAUAACAGUGCAAUAGUUCUUUGGCACUGUCAACUUCUGUACUGACCUUGGUUAAAUACUGCGCAGAUAUUGGCGAAUUUGCAACUCAAAUCAGGUUAGUUCUAUUUUCAUGCAAAUAUUUAUCGUUAUCUGUCACACCCUCGCUGUAGUUACAGGCUAAAUCGCCGCUUUACUCAGCCUCCAGCAAUAGAGCCAAAAAGCGAGACGUUCUGACAUGGCGAAGCCAGUUUCGUAUAUAAAGACUCCGGAGGAUGAAGAUGUCACUCUUGAAAUGGUCGAGCCCUCGAUUAAGCCUAAAAGUGACGGCGACGGGGCCGUUGGAUUGUACUUUGAACGCAGUGGAUCGAAGAAGAAAAUUGAUUAUGUCCUUGUGUACGAGCGCUGCCAAGAAAAAGAGGAUGAAGAUGAAGAAUCCAGGGCCAAGUCAGAAAAGCUUGAAGAAAUGAGGAAAGCGUUUGAAACUAGCCUUGACAAAGCUGGUUUACUGGUCGAACGUGUGGAGCGUACUUGUUCUAAGGUAAGCACAACCUGAAGAAUGUCACAGUUAUGGCGUGUGAUCGAUUUAGGCUCGUCUGGAAAUUCCUUUGGUAUAACUGACUUGUGUGGCUUUACGGGAUUUUGUAGUUGUGCAAGAAAGGAGCAAAAUUAACAACAAAUCAGGCUUCAGGGGUUUCGAUUGAAUUUUUCAUUGUUUUUUUUAUUUUUGAUAAUUCCAUUGGUUAAUUCAAGCGUGACUAGUUGGAUCCAAAAAAACUCAAGAUCGUUACAUUGAUCGCUGGUAGAUCAAGCAAACAAUGGAAUUUUUGUUUUAUUAACUUUUCCAGGGAGUUGACGGUUCCUUUAAAUCCUGAAUUGUUGAAGCUUCACGAUUAUCAUGAUAAAGUGAGUCACAAUAUUGAUUGCUUAAUCGAACGAGAAGUUUCACAAGCUAAAGAAAACUUUCUUACCUCAGUUGGCAGAAUUGCUUUUUAUAAAACUUGAAUUCUUUUUGUGUUCUGUUGCCGGUUGUUGUUUUUUGACCGAUGGACAUGUACUAAUAGUUAAAACAACGCUGCGAAAAAUCUCAUUUAAGAGCUGUUUUAUCUGAACCGUUAAUCCAAUAUAAAGAAAAAUUUUUGCCAAAAAUAUGUAUUGAUAUAUAUACCUUUGCAUGCGAUAAAAUUAUUGCCAAAAUAUGAUUUUCUAAUGUUCCUUUUUAAAUUUUUUGUCAAGACGCGUAUUUUUCUGAGGUAACACAGCACUAUCCAGUUGAGACCCUUAACCAAUUUUUGAA